AUGCAAGUUGCAUUGUCUUCAUUCAGGAUGGUUGGAGUGUCUGUUGCUGAGGGUGGUGAAAGAGAUGGACGUAAAGAUGGUGGUGAAAGAGGUGGUGGUGGAGGUGGUGGUUGUGGUCGUAGUGGUGGUGGGGAUGACAAUUGUGGAGGUGGAGGUGGUAAUGGUGGUAGAGAUGGCGGUUGUGGAGGUGGAAGUGGUGGAGGUGGUGCUUGA